AUGCCCAUUGUAAAAUACCCCAGGGCUACAGAGCCUCUCUGGCAUGAAUGGGACGGGAAAGCACAGAAAUGUGGAUUAAGACACACCGUCUAUGCUGUAAAUGGGGAUCAGUAUAUCGGAGAAUGGCUGGACAACUUGAAACACGGUAAAGGCACCCAGGUAUGGAAACGCACCGGAGCUAUUUAUAGCGGUGACUGGAAGUUUGGGAAACGGGAUGGUUAUGGCUCAUACAGCAUUCCUGACCCUGUAACCAAGGAAUACAAGAAGGUGUAUACAGGCUGGUGGAAAAACGACCGAAAAUGCGGAUACGGGGCGACGUUUUACCUCGGUGGAGAGCGCUAUGAGGGCGAGUGGAGCGGUGGGCUGCGGAGCGGCUGGGGACGGAUGUACUACCGGGAUGGAUCCGUCUACGAGGGGCAGUGGCUGGUGGACCGGCCCGGCGGGCAGGGGAUGCUGCGGCUGCCAAAUGAAAAUCGGUAUGAAGGAGGUUGGAAAGACGGAAAGAAGCAUGGCCCAGGGAAAUUCUUCUACUUGGAUAAGGGACAGUUGUUUGAAGGUAUCUGGGCAGCAGAUAUACCAAAAUGUGGAAUUCUGAUUGACUUUGGCAGAGACGAAGCUCCUGCCCCUACUCAGUAUCCAAUCCCAAAGAUUGAACUAGCUGAUCCAGAUGGUGUUUUAGCAGAGGCCCAGGCGAUGUUUGAUGACAGCCAAAAUUAAUAACCGGAUGCUGAAGAAAAAAAAAAAGAUGCGAGAUAAGAACACGAUCUUGGGUUACUUAAGUCAUUUGAGUCUCAAAUCCACACACUGUGGUGUAUCGUGUUGCGGUCUGCCUCACUUUGCCCUCAAGGCUGCCCAUGUACGCUUCACUGUGCAGGUGGCUUUGCUCAGAAGCCUCCUCUCCCACCCCCAU